AUGUCUUCCUUCGAUAUCGAAACUCGCGAAUUGUAUUAUGAUGGCAAGGCCCAGCCUGCCUCUUCAGGCAGAACCUUCCAAUCUAUCAACCCCUCAAACGCCACGCCCUUGGCUGAGAUUCAGGUUGCCUCGCAUUCAGAUAUAGAUGCAGCCAUCGCUGCCGCCGAUCGGGCUUUUCCUUCAUGGUCUCAAACCCCCCCAAUUGCGCGUGCCCGCAUCCUUCAGAAAGCCGCCACCUUGCUCCGCGAGCGCAAUGACGAUAUCGCUCGCGUCGAAACUCUUGACUCGGGCAAGGCAUAUAGUGAAACAAGCACUGUCGACGUCGUCACUGGAGCCGAUGUACUUGAAUACUAUGCGAAUCUGGUCGGCGGCGGUGGGCUCAACGGCGAGACCACGCAGUUGAGAGAAGAUGCCUGGGUGUACACCAAGAAGGCCCCGCUAGGGGUCUGCGUGGGAAUUGGGGCUUGGAAUUAUCCCAUCCAAAUUGCUCUCUGGAAAUCAGCUCCGUGUCUGGCUGCGGGAAACACCAUGGUCUACAAGCCAAGUGAGUUCACCCCACUGCAUGCACAGACUCUGGCCGAAAUCUACACGGAAGCCGGUCUCCCUGCCGGUGUAUUCAAUGUCGUCUAUGGUGCCGGCGACGUUGGGGCGUAUUUGACUGCUCAUCCAACCAUUGCCAAGGUCUCUUUCACAGGUCAAGUUUCUACAGGUAUGAAAGUGGCCGGAUCUGCUGCUGGUAACAUGAAAUAUGUAACCAUGGAACUGGGCGGCAAGAGCCCCCUUAUCAUUCUGCCGGACGCGGAGCUCGAAAAUGCCGUAGAUGGGGCAAUGAUGGCCAAUUUCUACAGCACUGGUCAGGUAUGCACCAACGGCACUCGCGUGUUCGUUCCUGCUAGCAUGAAGACUGCGUUCGAGCGGCGCCUUCUGGAGAAGAUGCAGUACAUACGUCCCGGGCUCCUCUUUGACGACUCGACCAAUUUCGGCCCAUUGAGCUCAGCUCUUCACUUAGAGAAGGUUCUAUCUUACAUUCGCCAUGGUAUCGAGACGGACAAGGCCACGCUACUCUCAGGCGGGUUGGACAAGCCCAGUGUCCCGCAAGAGCUGGAAUCCGGUUUCUGGGUGCGCCCGACAGUGUUCACCGACUGUACAGAUGACAUGCGCAUUGUCCAAGAAGAAAUUUUUGGCCCUGUGAUGUCUAUCUUAACAUAUGAAACGGUAGAAGAAGCGGUCAGACGAGCAAAUACCACUGAGCUCGGCCUCGCUGCAGGGGUCUUCACUAAAGACCUGAACAUGGCCCAUCGCAUUAUCGAUCAGUUACAGGCUGGUAUCACCUGGAUUAACAGCUGGGGUGAGAGCCCUGCCGAAAUGUCCGUUGGCGGCUGGAAAAAGAGCGGGGUGGGAGUUGAGAAUGGACGCAAGGGUAUCGAGGCUUGGGUCAAAAAUAAGAGCACCCUUGUGGAUAUGAAUGGCGCGGUGGCCACCGUCUUCGCCAAGUUAUAG